GAGAUGGAGGAAAGGGAGAAGGUAGUGAAGCACAUGUGGGACGUUUACACAAAUAACCGACGGAUCAGGUUACCGCGUUUCUGGCAAGAGGCGUUCGAGGCUGCGUACGAGGACCUGACCAGUGAAGUGCCGGGUGAUAGAGAGGCUGCUAUCUCCGAGAUCGCCCGGAUGUCCGUGCACUCCAUUGUUAUCGAUGCGACUUCGGAGCAAUCAACGAGUGCACGAGGGUUCGUUAAGAUGCAGAAAAUAGCAGAUAAAAACAGGGAAACAGCUACCACGACUGGGAGUAAGCUGUGACAUGGAUGAUGUUCACUCUGAUCCAAGGUUCGAGGCCUCUCUAUUCUGCCCUUUCUGCCGCUAGAUUGCUGUCUGGAGUUUGUAGGAGGCAGUGACUGGCAAAUCUACAUUCUUUAAAAUUUUGAUUUUUCCCCCUUUGUUUUACAGUAUUGCAAGAUGGGUCAAACAACCUUUUUGCUUAGAAUGUUAGAGUGAUAUUUGUUAAUGGUAUUUAUAAAGGUGAAAGAUAAGUUUUGAAAGUUUCAUAUUCAACGAUCUUUUAAACAGGUAGAAGAGAUCAUAUAAAUUAUACUUCCAACCCAUUGGUUGCAUAUUUUUACA